UUUGUUUUGAUAAAAUGUAUUAUUAUUUUCUUAUUACGGGUUAUAGUAAUUUGUUGUCUUCAGGAUUCGGAUUCUAGAAAUUGGAAGUUGAAUUCAGUAGUCCGUUGCUAUACGCAGAGUAUUUAGUAAUAAUAUGUCGCAAAAUUAAUCAUAUCGUUGUUCCGUGGGAACGAAAACAAGCAGAAUGAAGACCAAAACUCGACGACACACGUAUUAUAUUUUCGCUUCCAUCAUGCGAAAAUGCGUAGUCAAGUUUUAAAUAUAUUAGUUACUCGAUCCAAUAUAAUAAUACAGAUAUUUUAUUAUAAACUCCCAGUUUCGAGUUUAUUUAUAGCCGUCAAAAAUGAAAAUCAUAACAAAUAUAGUAUUUAAAAAAAAAUCAGUAUGGAUAUUUGAUAGCAGAUAGAUAUGUUAUAUUCUAUAAAGAAAACAAAAUGGGUGGUACGUCUACCAAAUUCAAAAAACAUCUACAACGAGGGGAUGAAUACGCUGCUAUGCGGCUGUAUUCAAACUCUCCAGAACUUAAAACUCUAGACCCCAAUUGGAGCUAUGGAGAUAGUCAUAACCAUAAUACUCUUUUACAUUAUGCAGCUAAACAUGGAAUGAAACAUUUACUUAGGGCUUUCUUAAACGAACAUAAUGGAAAUCCAAAUAAAAAAAAUAACUCUAACGAAACAGCACUUCAUGCAGUUUGUUCUCUUUCUCCUCAAAGUCCUUACUCUGCACAAGAACGUCGUGCUGCCUGUGUAACAAUAUUAUUAAACUGGCAAGGGGUAGAAUUAUCAGAUGGAAGGAGAGAGAAAAUACGACUGAGUGUUCAAAAUAAUGACGGGAACACUGCACUUCAUCUUGCAGCAGCUUCAGGUUUACAGUACUGUGUUGAUUUGAUGCUUUCACAUGGAGGAGCCCCAAUAUUCAAGACUAAUAACCAAAAAGAGACUGCUUGUGAUUUGGCUGUGAAAAAUGGAAAUGAGACCUUGGCUCGUAAAUUAGAGUCUCGAAUGGUUUUUGGUGAAGACUUGAAAGAUAUUUUUACUGUAGUGGAUGAUUAUGAUUUUGGGGAAGAGGAAACAUAUGCUGGAUUGCGCACACAAGAUUUACAAGAAGCAAAAGAUCAGUUAUUGGUAGAAACUGCUGAUAUGUUGAAUUUGCCAUUAUUUACAGCUGAAGCAUUGCUUAGAAAUAAUGAAUGGUCUAGAGAGAUUUUACUUGAACGAUGGGUUCGUGACCCAGACAAGUGUUGCCAAAUUGCUGGUGUACAAGUACCCAUGUCUGUGCAGUCAACCAAAAAAUUAUAUUUAAAUGGGUUAUUACAACAUACAAAUUUAAAUGAAGAAGCUCAACUUAAUGUUAAUGAUCAAACUAUUUGUGAUAUUUGCUUGAACGAACUGCCAUUAUCUGAUUGUUCAAUUAAAUUGUGUUGUGAACAUAAGUUUUGUAAUUCAUGUUGGAAACAAUAUUUAACAUAUAAAAUUAAAAGAAAAGACUCUAGCAACAUUUGUUGUCCAGCUUUACACUGCCAUAUUUUAGUUCCAACUGAACUUAUUGAAAAUGUUGUUAGUCCUGAAAUGGCUCGGAGAUAUUUUGAUCUUAAUAUUGAAUCUUUUGUUGAAAGCAACCGUUCUAUUAAAUGGUGUCCUGUUCCAAACUGUGGACUUGCUGUUCGCUUACCAAUAUCUCGAAAAUCAAAGCCUAAUUCUAAGAUAGCACGCUCAGUUGACUGUGGUAGAGGUCAUUAUUUUUGUUGGGAAUGUAUGGGAGAUGCUCAUACUCCAUGCAGUUGUCAACAAUGGUCUCAGUGGAUGACUAAAAUAUCGGAAGUUAAACCAGAUAAGAUACGUGAAACAACUGCAGAGUAUGAAGAAGCAGCUAAUAGUUUGUGGUUGGUUACAAAUUCAAAACCAUGUCCAAAUUGCAACUCUCCUAUACAGAAGAAUGAAGGCUGUAAUCAUAUGAAAUGUUCAAAGUGUAAGUUUGAAUUUUGUUGGAUUUGUCAAGAAAGCUGGAAAAAACAUGGUUCAGCUACUGGUGGUUUCUUCCGUUGCAAUCGUAUGAAUGCUGUUUGCAAAGCUGAUGAAAAACGCGGUCUUCUUGUAAAAGAAGCUCAACAAAAGAAUAAGCAAAGUUUGGAGUUGAGUAAAUUUCUACAUUAUUAUACUAAAUUUAAAAAACAUGAAGUAACUCGCACAAUGGAAGAACUGUUUGUAGAAAUUGUUAAGAAUUGGAGAAUAGCUCUUUCGGCUGCCUUAAAUAUAUCGGAAGAUGAUGAGCGUACAAAAUUUGUAGAAGAUGCAGUUGUUGAAGUGCAGAAAGCCAAACGUGUUCUAUGUGCAUCAUAUGUGUAUGGAUUUUAUAUGCUAUAUAGUGCAUAUAAUAGAAAUAUUUUAGAGUUUAUGCAGAAUGAAGUUGAAGAAGUUACUGAAAAGUUGUCAGGAAUGGUUUUAAGGCAAUAUUUAUGUAAUCCAAGAAGUGCCAUUAUUAAUACUACUAGUAUAUUAAGGCGAAAACGCCAUGAAUUUAUUAAUGCCAUAUCUGAUGGGUCUAUAUCCUUAAAAAGUAUGCCUUCUAUUCCACCAAAUGUUACCAAACCAAAAUCAACUACUAUGUCUCAAAAGCACAUAAAUGCUACUGCUAAAGACUUGUUGAAAAAAGCAAUUGGAGAUUCAAUUCAAAUUGAUCCAGAUAAUCCGUGGAUUGUAGAUUCAAAAGGACGACAUCGUAAUCUCACUGCUAUAUUAGAUUGGCCUGAAAGUUGUUCAGACGAAGAGGAGGAAACUGAAUUGGAUCGAGCUCUAGCUGUGAGUGUCUUUGGCCAGUGUAAAAUGGAACACUGUAAAAGAGCAAGAGUGAGGAAUCCUAGAACAUCAAAGUUUCACGAAUACUGUAGCUUAAGGUGCAAAAAUACUCACAAAACUUUGUUGGAAGAACGAAAAAAAGAAAAGCGCACCAGUAUUGUUGGUACUUUUGCAAUGGACCUUAUUGUUGCACUUGAAAUGUCAAGACUUCAAAUGAUAAAAGAUGCUCAACUAAAAAAAAAGUCAGAGAUUGAAGAAGCAAGUUGUAGCAAACAUUUUUCAGUUCCAGAGGAUUUAAAUGAUGAUGACCAGCAAUUGCAAAUGGCUUUACAGAUGUCUUUAGAUGAAAUUGCAAUGGCUAAAUCCAAAAAUGUAUCAAAAUCUAAAGAUGACAAUGAAACAGUUUUACUUUCAAAAAAUAUUUCAGAGAAUACUAUUUUAAAAACAGAUAUUCCUGUUAUCUUACCUAAAUGUAGUGGUAUAAAACUUGAUGAUGGUGUAUUUAAAGUAGGUGAUUUACACAAAAAUAGUUAUUAUUUGGAUUUUAGUGAAGAUAUAUAUAGUCGAAUGGAAAAUAAAAAUCUAAGGCGUUCAUUAUCUUUUGGUGAUUUACUUUCACGUAGAGAUUUGUACAAAAAUAAUCGAAGAUACUGUGUUAAUGUAUAUCAUAUGAAUGAUGAUGACAGGCAAGAUAAAAUGGAUAAAAAACGUGGAAAAUUGAAUCACGGCUUUCAAGUAUUGCCUAGAAGAACUGCUUCUAUUCUCAUGGAGAUCAAUAAUAAUGGUGAAUGUCGUGCAGUCACAUCAUUGGAUGACAGUAAUAUUGCAGCUCCUAUAAGUUCAGACAAAAAACUGUGUAAUAUCUUGGCUCAACUUUAUUGGCAAAACUCAUCUAAACAUUCUAGCAUUACAUUGCCAAAACGUUUAAGUAAAAUUGGAAAAACUGCUGCACUAGACACGUCAGAUGAAACAAUAGAAAAUGAAUCAAAAAAUGAACUACCUAUCAAGCCUGAACUGAAUAUUAGAAUUGAAAAAUUUAGUAGUCACUCUGAAGAUAGUGCUGAUAAUGAUAUUUCUGCUGACAUAGAGUCAGAUACAGGCAUCCCAAAGUCACCAACACUUUUCAUAUCUGGUGUAUCUAUAAAUCGUACACCAGAAACAAAGUCACCCAUAUCAGGUCGUCAAUUAAGAUCAGCAAGCUUAACAGUUCCAAAAUUUAUGUUAAAACCACUUUACAAAGGUAAAUCAGCUGACAAUUUAACUUCAUGCAAAGAAUGCAAUGUUGUUCAUACAAAUAAAGCGCAUUCCUAUCAAACUUUAUUUAGUGAUGAUAGAAUGUGUGCUUCAGCUAAUAUGGCUGACAAAAGUAAAUGUGUGUUUACAUUUCCAAAAUCAAUGACUGACGGUGAGUUAUUUUCAACUUUACAUAUCGAUAGAAACAAAUUAAGCUCAGAUGAUUUUCACGAAGCUUUAUUCCUUAAGAGACGAAAGCACGAACAACAUUAAAUGCCAUAUUUAUAAUUUAUAUAUUUAUGGUAUAUUAUAAUAAGUUAAUAGUUUACAUACAAGUCUCUCUAUAGGCUAUAUUCUUAAUUUGGUAUAUAAUAAAUCUACCAAUUAUUUAUAAGUAUUCCUCAUGUAUUUAUUUAAAUUAAGUUGAUUUAUUCUGUUGUUUUGCAUUUUUUUUACUAAGCAAAGGUUUUUUGACAUAAUCUCCAUACAACUCUUACAUUUUUCUGAAGACUUAAAUUUUCUAGUCUAUGCAAUGCAAGUAUAUUAAAAUGUAGUUUUAAGAAGAAAAUAUACCAAAAAAUCUACUCUUAUUUUUUUCAUACCUAAUAGUUAUUUACGGUUCCUAGUUGGGUUGCAAAACAAUCAUUCUUUUUAUUUAUUUUAUUUUAUGUUAAUAAUAUCCUUUUAAAAAAAAAAUUAAGUACAAUAUUGUUCAAAUCAUCAAACAUAAUAUAAUACCAAAACUAAUUUUUUUGUUUUGUAUCUAAUAUUAUAAAUUGUUUGUAAUUGUAUAUGUGUUAGAACUUAGAAAUGUACUUGCAAGUUUAUAAAACAUUUUAGAUUUUUUUUAAUGUUCAUUAAUUAAUAAUUCCUAUACAACUUCCGUGUAAUCAAAUUUAAAUUUAAAAUAUUCUAUUUUUUAAUAUUUAUUUUUUUUUAGUUUUAUAUGAAUUAAAAUAUGAUUUUGCAACCCUUGUCCCUAAUCUUAAUGCCAUUGCAAUAAAGUCUGAAAAAAAUCAUUUAUAAUAAAUAUAUAAUGUUACAUUUUUUUGAACAAUGAUUGUUAUUUUUUCUACACAAAUGUAUUUAAUAAAUAUACUUUAAAAUUUACUAUUUCUCCAUUACUACAUCAAUAUUGAAUGGAUCAAUUUAAAAGUAAAAUGAUAAACAAAUCUUUAUUUAUAAUAAUUUUUUGAUUGCGAAUAUUGUAAAAUCUACUUAUAUAGAUUUAAUCGGAUUGCCAUAAACAACAUUUUUAAUAAAUCCUAGAAAUUUAAGAAAUUAGUUUAAUGC